UCACGGUCUACGACGGUCUGUAUGUGGACGCGAUGCCGGCGAGUGAAGCAUGUUUGACACUGCUGCUGCUUCUGUCUCUCUAUUCGCACAACGUCGAGGGCGACCAGAGUUCGGAAACUUGUGCACCAGGCACUAGGUAUUGUAAGAAUGGUGGAACGUGUAUGAAAACAUCAAUCAAUCUUACUUGCAGCUGCCCAACACAAUAUACAGGUGUACGAUGUGAAUUGAAAUUGCUAGGAGAGCCGUGUGCCUCUGGAACAGUCUUUUGCAAGAAUGGUGGAACGUGUAUAACUAAUUAUGAUAGCAUCAAACAUGUGUGCAAGUGUGCAUAUGGAUAUGGUGGUGCUCGGUGUGAACAAAGCUAUUGCAACUGUAUGAACGGAGGCACUUGUAGUAAGGAAGUCAACUAUGAUAAUAUCUACUACUGCAGAUGUGCAUCAGGCUUCACAGGCAGUAGUUGUCAAACAUUAGAGAAUGAGAAGGAUGAUGGUGAAAGUGGUGGAAGCACCGGCAAAUGGGUUGGUGUGGGCAUCGGAGUUACUCUCAUUAUCGUAAUUAUUGCGGCUGUUAUUGUUGGGAUUGUACUGAUGUGGAUGAAAAGAGGCAAGUCAGUGGAGGUGGAGAAAACGGGUGGUCAACCGGAAGGAUCGUUCGGUUACAGCAAACAAGAGGACGAUGUCACUCAUAUGGGAUUCGGAACGGCGAAAGGAGGAGCAGACGCUGUCACUCAACCAGACACUUCCAAUCUUGUGUGA